AGAAAUUUACUGAUGGAGCUCAUCACUACUGUGAGACAACAGGGAGCAGUACCAGCUCCACAACCGGUCCCUGCACCACCACCGCCUUAUGUACCACCGCCUCCACCUCCCGUACAACCGGCUGCAGCUCCUGCACCUGCACCACCUGUGAUGAAUGCGGAAUUUUUCCAGUUCCUUGAUCGAGUGGAGCGUCGUACAGCUCCAAGAUUUGGUGGUACAUCUGAUCCAGCUGUGGCAGAGGAUUGGUUGGACAGGAUGACUCAGAUAUUUGAUCUUAUCCAGUGUCCUGAUCUUUUUAGGGCACACAUAUCCAUCUACCAUCUGGAUGGAGAGGCGAGACACUGGUGGAAAGGAGUUGCCCAACCAUUUGGGGUAAACUAUCAGUUCACUUGGGGACAGUUCGUCCAUGCAUUUCGAGAGAAAUAUUACUCACCUGGAGUACAAGAGGAGAUGGCGAUGAAGCUUAUUAGCCUUCAACAAGGAAAUCGUUCAGUGAAAGAAUAUGAGAGGGAAUUCAAUUCAUUGGCUAGAUAUGGGGGUGAGAUGCUGCAAACAGAGACCUUAAGGGUUAAGAAGUUCGUAAUAGGACUUCGUCCAUCUCUCAAGGCAAAGGUGGAACUUUUGAAAAUCAACUCGAUGUCAGAAAUAGUUGAUAUGGCUGAUCGAGCUGAGAGAACAGAACGUGAAAUCGAAGCAUCUACUAAGAGGUCGACUAACCCCAGUCAUAGGCGUCUAGUCCAAGAUGACAAGAGUAAGGGCAAGGCGGUUGUGCAACCUUAUACAUCUGGUAUCCCGAUGUGCUCACAAUGUGGGAGACGUCACUUUGGCGAGUGUAGAUUGCUCCAGAUUACUUGUUUCCACUGUGGAAGGGCGGGACAUUAUAAGAGCGAUUGUCCCGAGUUAAAAAGAGAAGCACCUAAGAGGAUUGAACAAAGACCAGUUCAUCAACAACCACCUGCUAAGAGACCAGCGGUGAAGCCUAGGGUCUAUGCUCUAGGAACUGAAGAGCAAGAGGAAGAAGAAACGACAACAAUCAUAGGUGAAGAAAAUCUCGAGGUUAUUGAACCCGGGAUCGAGGAUUAGAGCGAAUCUUUCAGAGUUCAUCGUUUAGACCAAGGUGAAAGCUGAAACAGAUUGUUUUGGUUGGACUCGAUAGUUGCCAGAAACACGAAGAAUUUGAUUUUCUAUUUUUACACGUUUAGAAUUUUAGACUUAUGUUAUUUUAGACUUCCGCUGUAGACAUGUGAUUUUGAUGGUUGAUUUUAGAGUAAAUCGUAUUUUUUUUAUAACCCAAGUGACGAUUCAUCAAUAUCCGA